AUGCCUUUUGACCCGUAUGCCGUCACACCUCCCACAGAAGGCACCUACGCCACGAGCGCCCUUCGCAACAACGCCAAGGGCACUGAUCUCGACAAGGAGGCUCUCGAGCGCUUUAAGAUCCGCGAAAUCUGCGAGGGAUGGGAUAGCUACCGCGAUGCCGCUGAGUGGCAGAACUACCGUUCCAUCGUCUUCGACGAUGCCUACAUCGCGACCUCUUGGAAGCAGGGCAAUAUCGACGAGUUCAUCACGGCCUCCAAGGAUGGUUUCGCCGAGGGAUCGACCUUCAUGUAUAUCAUGCACCGGAUCUGCGGUUCCUCCGUCGAGAUCAACCCGGAGCUGACCCGUGCGGCGUGCAAGAUGAAGAUCACCAUUACUUGCCGCUUCACCUUUGAUGGUGUGGAGAUGGACAACGAAUCCGACUGCCGUUUCUUUUUCCUGCUGGAGAAGCGCCAGGGUCGCUGGGGUGUUUGCUUCUAUACCCUGCUCUUCGACAAGGACAAAUUCGUCCCCGUCAACCCCGCGAGGACCUUCCAUAUCCCCAAGGAGGAGGUCGACAAGUUCCCCUCUGGAUACCGCUAUCUCGCCUGGGCGGAGGUCAAGAUCGGGCAUCCUCCCAAGCUUAACUUGAACAGCCAUGGCCCCGAGCGUGAUAUCUUGUAUAACGAGUAUAAGGAUUGGCUCGAGGGCAAGGCGGUCAAGCCCGAUCUGACUGGACCUGAUAUGUCUGACUGGAAGCCUUAG